GUCCAAACGCAGAGAAAAACUCCUGCUGAAGCGACUGAUCCCCACACUGUUAUAAAGAUGGCGUUUAUUAAAGAGGAGAGUGAAGAUGUGAAGAUUGAAGAGACAUUCCCAGUCAAACAUGAAAAUCAGGAACAAACAGAUCUGAUGGUGCAGAAAGAAGAGACUCAAUGGAAUGAAAUGGAAGAGAAACAACAAGACUUAACGACUGAUGAAAAACCCACACUCACUAAAAAGACUUCAUUACGCGGAAGACCUCGGAAAUCCAAAUCUUUUUUCAGCAGUAAACAGUGUAGAAAAAGUUUCAGUCAAAAGCCAAAGCUUGAUGUUCACAUGAGGGUUCACACAGGGGAGAAACCUUACACCUGCGAACAGUGUGGAAAGAGUUUUCCUAAAAUCCAUGGCUUUAAGGCCCACAUGAGAAUUCACAUUGGAGAGAGGCCGUACAAAUGCCAACAGUGUGGAAAGAGUUUUAAGCAAAACAGCAACCUUGAAGUUCACAUGAGAACUCACAAUGAAGGAAGAAUUUUUACUUGCACACAGUGUGGAAAAAGUUUUGCUAAAAAACACAACCUUAACAUCCACAUGAGGAUUCACACUGGAGAGAAACCUUACACAUGCACAGAAUGUGGUCAAAGUUUCCCAUAUAAAACCACAUUCAAUAUCCACAGGAGAAUUCACACUGGAGAGAAACCUUACAGAUGCACAGAGUGUGGUAAAAGUUUCACACAUAAAAACACACUCAAUAACCAUAAGAGAAUUCACACUGGAGAGAAACCUUACAGAUGCACUGAGUGUGGUCAACGUUUCCCAUAUAAAACCACACUCACUAACCACAUGAGAACUCACACUGGAGAGAAGCCGUUUGCAUGUGCUCAGUGUGGAAAGAGCUUCAGAGCCAAAGCUAGCCUUAUGAAUCACACGAAUCUUCACACUGGAACCAUAGUGUUCACAUGUGAUCAGUGUGGAAAAAGUCUCACACACAAAGACUCCAUUAAGAACCACAUGAAGACUCACUCAGGAGAGCGUUUUAGAUGCAGUGAGUGUGGAAAGGCCUUUAAACAUAAAAGAAGCCUCAGUGUUCACAUGAAGCUUCACAAUGGAGAGCAGAGUCCUCAACAUUGAGGCCUUGUCCACACAAACACGGGUAUAUUCAUAACAGCAGCUUAUUCAUGUAGUUUGGCUAUUCAUUCAUGUGAGAAAUGACGAAAUCCUUUCGAGAGGAUCACAUGCUUAUGAUUGUCCACGGCUGGUCCUGCAUUAGCUAACGCAUGAUUCACCAAUCAGAUGAAUCCUGAUUCAAUAUAAAUAACUAGGGUUUCUUACUUCAGUUAUCUUCAUCUUGAGGAAUCCCCCCACUCUCCCUCCUUUCUAGAUUGGGCAACACGGUGGCACAGUGGUUAGCACUGUUGCCUCAAAGCAAGAAUGUCACACGUUAAAGUCCCCACUGAACCAGUUGACAUUUGUGUGGAGUUUUGUUCAUUCACCCGGUUCUCGCGUGGGUUUCCCCCAGGUUCCUUCCACAGUCCAAAAUCACAUGACCUAGGUAAACUGAACAUUCUAAAUUGGCACCAUAGUCGAGCUCUUAGUAAGUCUUAUAUCUCCCUUUAGCAUUCUCUAUAUCUGUCAUUAGAACAGAAACAAGUCGUUCAAACUCCCCUCUCGCCCUGUUUACGGAAAGGAGCCCAGGGCUCGAGGAUCCAAUGAGCUUAGAGCUCUCUCGCGGAACAAGUGUGAACUCUUGAACACAUAUCCAGUUACUGAAAAUGAAACCCUUUGAAUACCUGAAGAUUUAAACUCAACAACUGAAAAGGGGUGAAGAUUUUACUGUUUUAUAGUGUAGAUCAGGGGUCAGAUCAGAUUGUAGUGUGCAUCUGAGUUGCUGCCGCACUGCAAGAAUGCAAAAUAACUCUAUAUGUUGAUAGAUUUUGUGGCUUGUUUCAUAUGCAAACAAGUAUCUGCAUCUGAGAAGGUCUGAACCAAAUGGUCUACAUGAACUCAAGAAUUGUGACCCAACCAAAGUAGUUGGGUUAUCUCAGAAGGGUUACAUCCUUUGUUAUAAAGUAGUCUCUCACAGACUGUACUUUGGAUUAAGUUACUUGAAGACAGACAAGUUAACAUCACUGCUGAGAAACUGCACUAUUCUUUGUCUUCAAUAAAGUCUUCUCCCCGUAAGAACUUUGGUCAGCUUACUUAUUUUAUGUAUUAGAGUCAUCUAAUACAUUGACGAGCCACCCAAGAAUGGUUCAGCCAAAUA